CUCGCUUCUCUUUCGUUCACAAUCACAACCUCCACGACCAACGAGGCAACGACCAAACGUCCAAACCCUUCCCCCUCCCUAGCUCCGUGCUCCAGCGGGAGUCCGCGGCGGCGGUGAAGAUGAUUAUCCCAGUGCGCUGCUUCACCUGCGGCAAGGUUAUUGGGAACAAGUGGGAUCUAUACCUCGACCUCCUCCAGGCCGACUACUCAGAAGGGGAUGCUCUGGAUGCUUUGGAAUUGUUCCGCUACUGCUGCAGGCGAAUGCUCAUGACACAUGUUGACCUCAUUGAGAAGUUGCUCAACUACAACAGAGAUAUUGCUGUCUCUAUAUCCGAAGUAUUAAUAUUAUUCAAUCACAUGCGGCCGUUCUGGUAGACGUUCUAAUGAUGUCCAUCAGGCGAUGGCGUUACUUGCCAGUACCAGACAACCAAACAUCAAUCAACGAAAGAGACUUGAAAGGGCAAGGGCAAUAUCGAGAGUUUACCUUGAGACUGUCUUUGUUGCCUCGCCAACUCAUCUUGAGCAUUGCCGUCUGGUAAGGUAUCAGUCCGUGGCCAGAAAAAAUAGGCAACGGUGGAAUACAUUAUGCUGCUUUGGUUCAGCCACAAAAGAGGCAACGUUAAUGGGAAUAUCUACCCUAGGUAUCUGUUACAUGCAAUGAUCAGCGGGUUUUGUUUGGUUGCAACCGAGGUGAACAGCUUGGCAUUGAAUCACGACUAGUGGGGAGCGGUAAUGAUUUUUCACAAGUCUGUAACAGAUGUCACGGUGAUUGAUUGCAGCCUAUUACAACCAAACAUAGGGUUAUGCAAUAUUAUAACCAAACAUAAAGUUACG